AUGUUUAUAAGAUUUACAGACUGUAGGGGCUAUAUACAUUCCAAUCCACCAUCGGGACUGUUUGUGUCACGAAACUAUCAUGAUUGGCAUUUGUCAAAUGCAUUGCCGCGUGAAACCAACCAAAAUGUUGUUGGAUGGAGCACACGAAAUAGCACACGUUAUCCAUCCAGGCGCCAACUGCUUUCAAUUAACGAUAGUGUCGCCACAGAACGCUUUUACGAGGACUCAAUAUUUGUGGAGCUCGCAAUCUCCGCAUAUGGUGAAGAUGGCGUCAGCAAGUUGGAGAAAAAAGACGGAAGCGAUACGGUGUACAUUAGGCAAAGCAACCAAUGUGAGGAUACCAGGAGCGUUUGUAAUAUUGGUAAAAUACAGCCACAUGCGAUAACGUUAGAUCAGGAUGUGCGUUACUAUGAAGGAAUGGGCAAUAAAGGAAGACGGUGCAAUUCUAUUGACACAGUAAGCAGUGCGUGUAACACAGAAUUGUGUAACAAUAUCAGAGAUAAUGGAGCCAACUUCACACAGAAUGGUCAGAUAAUGAAUACUUUAGAAGCAAAUGUAAUGAGAGGCGCCGAUAUAGUUGAAAAUACGAUGCAUAAUCCAUGCAACGAGACGUCGGAGAAAAUAGAUUUGGGGAAUGGUCAAUCUUUAGAACAAGAGGUAAUACAUAUUGAUCCCAUCAAUUUUCAAUUAUCGACCAUUACUAUGAAAAAUAGAACGAUUAAAACCCCUGUAAGAACUUAUGAUUAUCUAAGCAAGUUGUAUCACGAAAGAUUCACGGCAGAAGAUGCACAAACAACCAUGAGAUCAUGGCUAAACGAAAAUCAAUCAUCCCAAACAACAAAGAUGCUAGAUAGAGAAUUAGAAAAAAAUGGCGCGCCGGUAUUCAUACAAACCCGUGAUAAUUUACAACCUAACCAUCCAAGACAACGAGAUGAACAUUACCCUCAAAUUCAAAAUAGAACGGCAACAGCACCAAUUCAUCAGUCACCUGCAGAGCAUAUGCAACAUCCAACUACACACAACAGACCUAGAAAGGUAGAAAUGAAUAUACAACACCACAAGCCACAAGAUAUAAAUGCACAGCGUAUAUAUCAAAGCCAAACACCACAUCAACCAACCCCUACAGGGCAUAAACCAGGUGGUCACCUAGGAACUGGGCCAGUACCACACACGCAACCAACUCCUACAGGUCAUCAACCGGCUGGUCGCCCAGGAACUGCCGCGGUACAACCACAUCAACCCACCAACACAGGUCAUCAACCGGCUGGUCGCCCAGGAACUGCCGCGGGUCAAAGGCCGGGGGAAGCACACGUGCCAUUAGUGGAAAGGGGUGCGGCAUCUACAUCAACUCCUCCUACAACUGCUGAUGUGUAUAUUAGUCCAGAAUCGGGGCCGCUUGGUAAAACUGCCAACAUUGUUGUUUCACCUAAAGCGGGGCCGCCUCCUGCGCAAAUCAACCUCAAGUAUGACGCAAGUAAAGGACCACCACCUAAGGAGUUGAUUAUCCGAUAUGACGAAUCCGCAGGUCCCCAUGCAUCUCAGGCACCAAGCGGAUCUCAGCUACCACCACAUCAACAAACCCCUACUGGCCAUCAACCGGCUGGUCGCCCAGGAACUGCCGCGGUACAACCCAAUCAACCAACUCCUACAGGUCAUCAACCGGGUGGGCAAUCAGGAACUGCCGCGGUACCACCACAUCAACCCACCAACACAGGUCAUCAACCGGCUGGUCGCCCAGGAACUGCCGCGGUACAACCCAAUCAACCAACCCUUACAGGCCAUCAACCAGGUGGGCAACCAGGAACUGGGCCAGUACCACACACGCAACCAACUCCUACAGGUCAUCAACCGGGUGGGCAAUCAGGAACUGCCGCGGUACCACCACAUCAACCCACCAACACAGGUCAUCAACCGGCUGGUCGCCCAGGAACUGCCGCGGGUCAAAGGCCGGGGGAAGCACACGUGCCAUUAGUGGAAAGGGGUGCGGCAUCUACAUCAACUCCUCCUACAACUGCUGAUGUGUAUAUUAGUCCAGAAUCGGGGCCGCUUGGUAAAACUGCCAACAUUGUUGUUUCACCUAAAGCGGGGCCGCCUCCUGCGCAAAUCAACCUCAAGUAUGACGCAAGUAAAGGACCACCACCUAAGGAGUUGAUUAUCCGAUAUGACGAAUCCGCAGGUCCCCAUGCAUCUCAGGCACCAAGCGGAUCUCAGCUACCACCACAUCAACAAACCCCUACUGGCCAUCAACCGGCUGGUCGCCCAGGAACUGCCGCGGUACAACCCAAUCAACCAACCCUUACAGGCCAUCAACCAGGUGGGCAACCAGGAACUGGGCCAGUACCACACACGCAACCAACCCCUACAGGGCAUCAACCAGGUGGGCAACCAGGAACUGGGCCAGUACCACACACGCAACCAACCCCUACAGGUCAUCAACCGGGUGGGCAAUCAGGAACUGGGCCAGUACCACACACGCAACCAACCCCUACAGGGCAUCAACCGGGUGGUCACCCAGGAACUGGGCCAGUACCACACACGCAACCAACCCCUACAGGGCAUCAACCAGGUGGGCAAUCAGGAACUGCCGCGGUACCACCACAUCAACCCACCAACACAGGUCAUCAACCAGGUGGUCACCUAGGAACUGGGCCAGUACCACACACGCAACCAACCCCUACAGGGCAUCAACCAGGUGGUCACCUAGGAACUGGAGCGGGUCAAAGGCCGGGGGAAGCACACGUGCCAUUAGUGGAAAGGGGUGCGGCAUCUACAUCAACUCCUCCUACAACUGCUGAUGUGUAUAUUAGUCCAGAAUCGGGGCCGCUUGGUAAAACUGCCAACAUUGUUGUUUCACCUAAAGCGGGGCCGCCUCCUGCGCAAAUCAACCUCAAGUAUGACGCAAGUAAAGGACCACCACCUAAGGAGUUGAUUAUCCGAUAUGACGAAUCCGCAGGUCCCCAUGCAUCUCAGGCACCAAGCGGAUCUCAGCUACCACCACAUCAACAAACCCCUACUGGCCAUCAACCGGCUGGUCGCCCAGGAACUGCCGCGGUACAACCCAAUCAACCAACCCCUACAGGGCAUCAACCAGGUGGGCAACCAACUCCUACAGGUCAUCAACCGGGUGGGCAAUCAGGAACUGCCGCGGUACCACCACAUCAACCCACCAACACAGGUCAUCAACCGGCUGGUCGCCCAGGAACUGCCGCGGGUCAAAGGCCGGGGGAAGCACACGUGCCAUUAGUGGAAAGGGGUGCGGCAUCUACAUCAACUCCUCCUACAACUGCUGAUGUGUAUAUUAGUCCAGAAUCGGGGCCGCUUGGUAAAACUGCCAACAUUGUUGUUUCACCUAAAGCGGGGCCGCCUCCUGCGCAAAUCAACCUCAAGUAUGACGCAAGUAAAGGACCACCACCUAAGGAGUUGAUUAUCCGAUAUGACGAAUCCGCAGGUCCCCAUGCAUCUCAGGCACCAAGCGGAUCUCAGCUACCACCACAUCAACAAACCCCUACUGGCCAUCAACCGGCUGGUCGCCCAGGAACUGCCGCGGUACAACCCAAUCAACCAACCCCUACAGGGCAUCAACCAGGUGGGCAACCAGGAACUGGGCCAGUACCACACACGCAACCAACCCCUACAGGGCAUCAACCGGGUGGUCACCCAGGAACUGGGCCAGUACCACACACGCAACCAACCCCUACAGGGCAUCAACCAGGUGGGCAAUCAGGAACUGCCGCGGUACAACCCAAUCAACCAACCCUUACAGGCCAUCAACCCAAUGGUCACCCAGGAACUGGGCCAGUACAACCCAAUCAACCAACCCUUACAGGCCAUCAACCCAAUGGUCACCCAGGAACUGGGCCAGUACCACACACGCAACCAACCCCUACAGGGCAUCAACCCAAUGGUCACCCAGGAACUGUGCCAGUACCACACACGCAACCCACCAACACAGGUCAUCAACCAGGUGGGCAACCGGGAACUGCCGCGGUACAACCCAAUCAACCAACCCUUACAGGCCAUCAACCGGCUGGUCACCCAGGAACUGCCGCGGUACCACCCAUGCAACCAACUCCUACAGGGCAUCAACCCAAUGGUCACCCAGGAACUGGAGCAAGUGAUAGGCAAACAACAAAUCAUUAUGCGGAUGAUUUAGUUACAGAAAAAAAUGUGGAGCCAAUUUUCACAACUACAAAUGUGGUAGACUCAAGUAAAGGUUACGUAAAUUUGAGACAUGUGGAUGCUAUAAAAAGUGCUAGUGCUACAGAAUAUGAGUCAUUACCAUAUAGGGAGGAAUGGAUUACAGAAUCUGAGGAUGACGAUGAAUUCUCCAGGCAUGGCAUUUCAAAUGGUAUUAAGGUGGCUGGAGGAGUAUUUGGCGUUUGUCUUCUGAUUGCUGUCGGAUCGACUGCAUAUUAUAGAUAUACUUCAAAAUGA